AUGCUACUACUACUGCACAAGGACGGCGGCCUGGCAGCGGUGUGUCGCGCCGAGACGUCCACGGUCGUGCCGGGUGGGGAGGCUCUCGCCCCUCCGAGGUGUGUGGACGGGGGCAGCCCCCGGGACGAGGGUCCACGCCCCGUGGCACGAGCCGCCAGCCGCUCCACGGCGACCGCGCUACCAGGCGCCCAUGUCGGCGCAGGAGGUACGUGGCUGCUGCCCGCUCGCCACCUCCUGCUGUCUCCUGGUCGCCUGGUCGCCUGGUGCGCCGAGGCUUCGCUGCCGCCGCCAGCCCGUGUGUACCUCCUGCGCCGCGCUGUGCGCCUGGUAGCAUCGGCGGCCUGGCAGCGGCGUGUUGUCGCCAGCAGGCCUCAUCCACACGCCCUCUGGGGGCAGACACACUACUACUGCUACUACUGCCUGCCGUGGCCCGCGUGGCCGGCCUUCGGCGACCCCGGCGUGGAUGCUUUUGCAGCAACAGAACCGGGGUCGCAGGUUCCUGGGAAGAGAGCGCCUCUACGCGUCGACAUGGAGACCCAGGGGUCUCCGAUCAUGGGCUUCACCUGCGGCAGGCUGAGGCGCGUGGGGCUGUGGACCGGCGACGGCGACUCGCGGCUCCACGGGGCGCGCCCCCUGCUGGCCACCGCCAACGUGUACGCGGUGGUGGCCCUGCUGACGGGCGUGUUCUUCAAGCAGCCCGCGAGCAGGAGCGCGCUGGUCGAGAACACAGGCAACAUCCUGACCGUGGCUCCGUGCUGCGUGGCUGCGGUGCGGCUGUGGCGGCGCGGGCCGGCCUUCAGGGCAGCCGUUCAGCGUCUCAGGGCGGCUAUGUCGGGGGCGGAGGAAGAAGAGGCGGAGCUGGUGCGAGCGACGGCGGCCGAGGAGCGGCGCAUCGCCCGCGCCUACACCGCCGUCGUGUGCGGCACGGCGCUCUGCUACUUCGCGCGGCCCUUGGCGGACCUGGCCGCGGGCCGCAGGGACCCCGCGCUGCCCUUCAGGAUGUGGCCCCUCCUGCCCCGCUCGUGCCCCGCCCGCUUCGCCGCCGAGUACUCCGUGCAGCUGGCGUGCGUGCUCGCCUGCGUGGUGACCAUGGCCGCCGUCGACUCGUUCACGCUCGCGCUGGUCAAGUGCUCGGCGCUGCAGUUCCGCGUGCUGGGGGCCUCGCUGCAGGCGCUGGGGCGGGGCAAGGAGGAGUCCUUCGAGCAGCGUCUGCAGUUCCGCGUGAGACAGCACCAGGACAUGCUCGCGAACACUAAGAACAUAGCUGACCUACUGAGUCCAUUACUCUUCACACAUUACAUAGUCUCCUCAGCUGCCAUCUGCAUGGUUGGCUACCGGGUGUCAGCGACGAGCCAGCUGUCCGAGCUGCUCAUCAGCAUCGGCCAGCUCACGUGCAUCGUGUACCGGCUGUUCCUGCUGAGCUACUUCUCGUCGGAGGUCAUGCAUCAGAGCCUGGCGGUGAACGACGCAGCGUACUCGUGCCGUUGGUACCUGGUCGACAAGAGAGCCAAGAUGAUGCUGGCGCUGAUGAUCGGCCGGGCGCAGAGUCCCGCCGUCAUGCGCACCGGCAAGUUCGGAGUUCUGUCUCUGGAGAUCUUCUUCAAGCUUAUCCAGGGAGCCUACUCCUACUACGCCUUGCUCAAGAAACUCAGUUCCACGUGAACACACCCUUCAAGACACACAGAACUGUGGAAGUAAACACAAGCACGAAGACUGUCGAGACAGUAAACAUGUUUUAAUAUACUUACUAUAACCUGCUGGCGAAUAAACAUCAUUAGUGUUGAUAUCGUGAAAAAAAAUCCACUAGACGACUCAGUAAAUUCCUACUAGAAUUUACUUUGAAUGAAAAAUAAUUUGACUUAAUUUUCUUUCAUCUUCUUUUACUUAAGAGAUCAGUUGUUCAGAUUAAAGAUAUUUUUUUUUGCAAAUGCAUAAAUAUAAGUUUUCAUAAACUGCAACUAUAAUUUUUAUUCAUUUAACACUUUUCACAUAUGCUAAUUCCAUCAGGAGUUAAGAUCUAAAAUAAUAUGAUAAAAAUGCACAUGAAAAUUUCCUGGUAUUCUGUAAUUGAUGACUGUAAAUGUAUUAUGAAUUUAUAAAAAUAAAUGUGAUCUUAUGUGUAACACAUGAAAA